AUCCUGUUCUUAUUAUAGCCCGGCAGCUGAAAUGUGAGGGGUCACAAUGGGAGGAUAAAUACAAGGGCCCACUGGCUGUGUGGUUGUCGCAGACGAAGCCCAGAACUUCUCCUUCUCCCUCCCUCUGACUUCUCUCAGCUCUCCUCCUAAACUCAAAGAGUCAAGAUGCCUCACGCAUUUCCUUUCCUCACUCCUGAGCAGAAGAAGGAGCUCAGCGAUAUUGCUCACAAGAUCGUCGCUAAAGGCAAGGGAAUCCUCGCCGCAGAUGAAUCCACUGGCAGCGUAGCCAAGCGCUUCGAGAGCAUCAAUACUGAGAACACUGAGGAGAACAGGAGGCUGUACCGCCAGCUCCUCUUCACCGCUGACGACCGCGUCGCCCCCUGCAUUGGUGGCGUCAUUCUCUUCCAUGAGACCAUGUACCAGAAGACCGACGGGGGCAAACUCUUCACCCAGCACCUGAAAGACAGAAAAAUGGUGGUUGGCAUCAAGGUCGACAAAGGCAUGGUCCCCCUGGCUGGAACCAACGGCGAGACAACCACCCAGGGACUUGAUGGAUUGUAUGAACGCUGCGCCCAGUACAAGAAGGAUGGUGCUGACUUUGCCAAAUGGCGCUGUGUGCUGAAGAUCACCCACCACACUCCCACCAAACUGGCCAUCUUCGAGAACGCUAAUGUCCUGGCCCGCUAUGCCAGCAUCUGCCAGAUGCACGGCAUCGUCCCCAUCAUCGAGCCUGAGAUUCUCCCUGAUGGUGACCACGACCUGAAGCGCUGCCAGUACGUCACUGAGAAGGUCCUUGCCGCCGUCUACAAGGCCUUGUCCGACCACCACGUGUACCUGGAGGGCACCCUGCUCAAGCCCAACAUGGUUACCCCCGGACACUCCUGCUCCCACAAGUACAGCAACCAGGAGAUUGCCAUGGCAACCGUGACUGCCCUGCGCCGCACUGUGCCCCCUGCAGUUCCUGGCAUUACCUUCCUGUCUGGUGGCCAGAGUGAGGAGGAAGCCUCCAUCAACCUGAACGCCAUGAACCAGUGUCCUCUGCACAGGCCCUGGGCCGUGACCUUCUCAUAUGGUCGCGCCCUGCAGGCCUCUGCCCUCAAAGCUUGGGGUGGCAAGAAGGAGAAUGGAAAGGCCUGCCAGGAAGAGUUGAUCAAGAGAGCUCUGGCUAACAGCCUGGCCUGCCAGGGUAAAUACGUUACCUCUGGAGGCAGCACCGCCGGUGGAGAGUCCCUGUUCGUAGAAAACCAUGUUUAUUAAGCAAGGACACUCACCUUUUCCACCUCCUUCCCAUCAAUAUCACAUCACCAUAGAAGUGGCCAUGCCGUUACAGUAGAAAGCUGUGCUGUUGCUGUGCCAGGAGAUUCUGGCAAAUUGUUCUGCGUCCAUUCCCUUACCUUCUAUUUCUAAACACUUUUUUUCAGGAGAAAGAUUCCUACACUGUUUUUACACAACUUGUGCAUUUCUUUCCUUUGUCUGAUUCCAUCAAGUGCAGUGCGUAAUUUACAACAGUGCUAAGGAAUAAAGCAUUUCCCCUGA